ACUUUAGAUUACAUCUAUAAAACAAACACAUUUUUUAUUUUCAGCACUUCAGUUACAAUAAUUAAUACCCUUACAGUGCAGACAACUCAACAGGGAAGGUGUAAAGGUGCAAGAGGUACAAAAUAGAAAAUGCAACUAAUCAUCAUUGUCAAUCAGGAAAUGCAAGCAAUAAAUACUGACAUUCAACUCUGAAUGUUCAAGUAGAUGUUUAAAGAUUUUUCAGUACCACUCAAUUCAAAAACUAAUGAGACUGUGUUGCUGGUUACUUCUUCAUGCUCACAUACAACGAUAUAGUGGCAAUGUUAAGGAAAAGGAAGAGGGGAAAAACUUCAGUAAGAGUUAAGGGCACCAGAAUAUUUUGUAACAGCAACACAAGACCCAUCUGAGGUACAGCAGAACUGUUUAUUUAUUCUGAUAUCUGGGAAACUCAGACAGAUGUAAAACCAAGUGUCCAACGUGCUAGCAAAUUUUAGAUGCCUGAAGCUAUGUGGGUUUGAUUUUCUUUCCACAGGAAUACCUAUGUUGUGUAGUACAAGUAAGUUCAAAGUAUUGCUUCUAUUGAUCUAAACUGCAGUGACAAAUACUCAGCACUUGUAAAAGUUUUGCUGUACAUAUCUCGGUUUACAGGUCUUAAAACAGAAAGCAGCUACCUCUAUGAGUACAAAGUGACACGUCCACUAGCACGUAAGGAUUUUAUGGAGGGGGAGAGAACAUCAUUCAGUUCUCUAAGGAGGCAAUUCAAUCAUCUGUUUUUUGCUUGAAUCAGGAUGUGUGCCUUCUACUCUCCAAGUGUAUCAAAAAGGAAUAAAAAAGAGUGUUCUACAAAGCUAAUUUUAUUCAUUAUGAAGCACUAACAGAUCUCUUGUGUGCUAUCCAUUCAGUGCAUCAUAUGACGCAUGAAUCAGGUCAAAAGUCACCUCUCAAAUACGCGAGGGAUCAAAAUAAAGUUUCACAAGCAAUCAUGACCUUGGCAUUUUUAAAUUCUAAGUCGAGUCCUUGAGGUACAAUCUGAAUAAUGUUUUGUCCUUCCCCCGUUGCUUUGUGAUUUAAAAAUAAAUAAAUAGAUAAAAAUCAAGCACAGACUUCCAUAACGAAGAGUCAGUACCAACUUGGUCAGCGGGCCAAGUUCACCAAAAUAUGUGGGUUAUCUGGGCUGCAGCCGUACCUAUAAAUCUUCCCUGAGGAUCAGCCAUCAUGGGGCAAAAGACACUUGGAAAGUUUCUCUGGGAACCAGAGAAGAGGGUCCCGAGGAUGAGAAACCCCUGGCCCCUUCCCUGCCCCUCACAGACAGCCUGCUCCAGAGGGGAGACGCUUCACCUACACCGAGCUCCGCCUGCUUCCCCUCUCAGUUUCCUCUACUCAGCGAGGUCUCUUCCGUCUUCCAGCCCCGCCUUCUACUCUUUUAACUCUGCUGAGCAACAGAAACGAUGGCAAGUGGUGCCAAGAAACCGAUAAUCCAGUUAACAGGGUUUAAAGAACAAGAGAAGGCGGCACUACUCCAACACCUAUUCAAACUGGAGUGCGUUUUUUUAGAUAGUAAGAAAUACAGAAGUUGUACCACACAUCUUAUAGCAAAAAAGCUGUGCAAGAGUGAAAAGUUCUUAGCUGCCUGUGCUGCAGGAAAGUGGAUACUAACUAAGGAGUACAUAAUUAAUAGUGCUGAAAGUGGCAGAUGGCUUGAUGAAACAACGUACGAAUGGGGAUAUGAAAUUGAAAAAGACACCGAUUAUUCACCUCAAAUGCAAUCUGCACCUAAAAGAUGGCGCGAAGAACUGGCACGCUCUGGGGCUCCAGGGGCCUUCCACAGAUGGAAAGUUGUCCUUACUGUUAUGGAAGGAUAUAAACAAAUGGAGUCUAUUAGAAGAGUUCUUCAAGCUGGAAAGGCAAUCAUACGUUCAUCUCAGAAUGAGGACUGUGAUAUAACUCACCUAUUUACCAGUAAUAAAACUCUUCCUAUACAAACCAGAAAGAGUCUUUCUGAAGCUCGAUACUACUCUUUUCAAUAUAUAGGAGAUUAUCUUUUUCAGGAAGAAAUGCAAAAUACUGAAGUUAUCCAAAUGAAUCCUUGCCUAGCUGCACAAGAAACAGACCAAAUCAUACCUAACAUGCAGCUUGCUGAAAUGAAAAAUGCUGUUAUAAAACAUAUGUAUUUUUCUGUGGCUAUUAUGCACAGGCUCGCUCAAAAAAACGGCCUGGAUCAAUGCAAUUUGGAGGUUAAAGGUACUGUUGUAUCCAAAAACAGGUGGUAUAUACUUGAAGGAUUAGUGGAAGAGUAUUUAUUUCAUGAUGUCAUCACAGAACUUACUGCUGCUCAAAAGUAUGCUACACCUCCUGUGCAAGUUCUUCAUUCUCUUCUAGAAUAUGCCCUACUGGGAAAUACUGAUGCAACAUUUUGUGCUAAACUUCAACACAUUUUGAACCUUAUUCUCCAAAAUGAUCCUCCUUGGAAGUCCCCAUCUAUGUUAAAGUACUAUUUGGAUCUUCUUCAAUGUCCUGUCUGUAAGGAAGGCACAUGGUCCUUUUUACAGGUGCUUGUAAGGUCUUGCCUUUAUUGCAAAUCCAUUUGUCAUGCAGUCCCAGUUUCAGGGAAAGAAGAUGAACAGAGGAUAGUUCACAAAACAUUAUUGAAGUUUUUCUUUGAUUUAGUAAAAGCUGAAGUACAGUUUCUGACAAAAAGUUUGGUUGAAGGGACCAAUUCACAGAAUCAGCAAGUCAUGGCACAGACAGUUCUUCUGAGGACCUUUUGGCUGGAAGGUGAAACCUCAUUGCUUUUUACCAAACACAUAAAUAUUCUAGCAGAUUGGGUCAUACUUUCCCAUAGAGAAUUUAAGAGAAAAAAUGCUUUCAGAUGUGAAAUAACUGAUCUGUUAAAUUCAAUUCUCGGAACUGUAGUGGAAUAUUGGAUCAUCUCAAAUUUGCUUAUGGACAGAAAUGUAUUUCAUCAAAUAGCUGAUGGUUUGGCACAGCACCUUGCCAUUUCAUGUGAUGUUUUUUUGGUAGAUGAAUUUAAAAUGUUCAUUUGUUCCAUACCAUCCCCCUGGCUUCAAAUGUUUGUUGCAGAAGCAGUUUUUAAAAAAAUGUGUUUACAGAGGAAUAUAACUAUUUCUACAGAACCACUUUCUCUUCAAAAAAUAGUCUGCUCCUAUUCACCUGCUUUGCGAGAGGUAGGGAUGCAUGAGACAAGAAAGAGAAACAAGGCAAAGCAAAAGGAAACAGGGAAGGGGCCGUGCCUUGAGUCUCAGAGGACAUUACAGGUGCUAAAUGGCAAUAAGCAGAACCAAGUCAAAGUGCUGCCCGAUCUACCUGGCUUAAGCUUUAAUAAGCACUCUUCAUUCAUGAAGCUUAAAGCAAAACCAGAAGUUACAGCUGUACGCACCAAAGAGAAUUGCUACCCUUUGGCUGAAGAGGGACAGAGAAAUAUUAAAGGAGAGGCAACCCUGCAUAAAGCUUGCAUAAGUAACAAAGUGGAGAGAUUGAUUCAGCUUCUCUCUAUCCCUGGAAUAGACAUUAAUGUUAAAGACUAUGCUGGCUGGACGCCUUUGCAUGAAGCCUGUAACCAUGGCAGCACAGUGUGUGUCCGUGAAAUUUUGCAGCGUUGUCCAGAGGUAGACCUGCUCAGUCAAGUGGACGGGGUGACUCCUUUGCAUGAUGCACUGUCAAAUGGACAUGUAGAAAUUGGCAAGCUGCUACUUCAGCGUGGGGGACCAGUCCUUCUACAGCAGAGGGACUCCCAUGGAAAAAUGCCACUGGAUUAUGUUGAAUCACUAGCAGUAAAGCAAGAACUUUUGCAUAUUGUUCAUCCAGAAGAGAGCAUUGAAAGCCUCUGUGAACACACAGAACAAGAUUUUUGCCGUCAGCAGGGAGAACUGUGGUUGAUUUUAUUUAGUAAGAUGCUGCUGAAUUUUUGUUCAGUUUAUAAUCUGUCUUCACCCUUUAGUUUAACUCUCAGAGAGGUAGCUUGUUCAAAAGGACUUUCAGUAAUGGCUCAUGAUACCUGUAAGAUGAAAAAUGAAUUUUCUGCAGAUUGGUUAGUAGGUGCAUAUUUUAGAGAGCUAGAAACUUUUCAGAAGCUUCCACAGUUUCUUCCAGAAAUAGCUGAAAACAUGGGUUUUUUCCCUGAAGAACAGGUGAAGGCUCUAUUAGCAACUCUGAAAACUAUGGUGGAGGCAUAUCAGCUCUAUACUUAAGUCUUUUUAACAGUUAGGUUCCAAACAAGCUGCAUGGGUUGAAUCUUGACUGUCAACCCUUGGUAUUGGGCCAUUUUUCCAGCAACCAAAGUACAAGUUUCAGAGCCCUACAGCAGUGCUACAUGUUAUUAUUGCCCAUGUUGUUAACACUUCCCUCUACUAGAACCUGGAAGUUGGAUGCAUUGAUUCAGUGCAUUUUUUUAGGCAAAAUUUUAACAAUACCAAUGCCUUCUGGUUUUCUGACAGAUCUGGAUGCCUGUGACCACCUCAGGAGGGUGCUAUGUCAUUUGCACUAAGUUAAACUUUGUAUUUUCUGUCCUGGAAGUCUUUGAUACAAGUCUUACGCCAUGGUUCACUUUUUGGUUUCCAGAGGUAGUGACCCUAAAGUUAAACAAUAAAACAAACAGUUUUUCCUUGGGAAAGGCAUGUGCCUAUAUUUGUUAAUAUCCUCUAAUAAAACCGGUGUUAUACAUAUCUGGUUUUAAGCAAAAAUAUAUGGAAAACAAAUUCUUUCUAUUUUUUCCUCGUUUAUCCUUGACUUGUCAAAAUUAAAAUUACACUGUGUAAAUUAACUACGUCUUGUAGAACUCAGCACAGCUCACGUCUAUGGAUAGAUUGUAGAAUGUACCCAUACUUACAGAAUCAGCGUGCUAACAUUUCCCAGGUCUCUGUUAGCUUGAUAGAAACGUUCACACGAAGGCGCGUGGAAAACCUUCUUCUCCCCCAUCAGCGCCGCGGCGCUGGCGGUCACGUUCGUUUUGGUGCGGGGUCUGGCUUGAGGAGGCUGGCCCGGGUGCUGGGGCGGUUUGCAGAGCUCCGGUGGGUCAAACAAUCAUCUCAUCUCGCCGAUUCCCAGGCCGGGGAAGCCGCCGGCGAGGGGCCAGAUCCACCCGCAGCAUAACUUGCGGUGUCCUUGGCUCUGCUCUGACUCGUGGUGGCUGGCAGGGGUUUGAUAAAUCCAUUACAGUGGCAGGGUACGAAAUGAUCUGGUAACGCUCCUGGGAUUCCCUCCAGUAAAGAUGCCGAUGGAAGCAGUGGCACAAAUCUAGUUACGUUGGCAGGGGAAUUUACAAAGGAUUAGGCAAGACAGUUUAAGUAUGCACUGGGCAUCAGAUUCUGACGCUAAGUAUGGAUCUCCUUAAAAAUGACACCCCAUUUAAUGUGAGAAUUUUGUUCUCCAUUCUGAGAAUACAUGCAAACUACACGUGAUAAAUCCUCUAAACUAAUCCUCUAACCUAAUUUAGAAUUGUGUGCUACAUAUUCUAUCAGAUGGUCCUUCUAAUUAAUUAAGAAAAAGAGAAAAUCCUGUGCUGUUCUUUAAAGGUAUCGAGGCUCGUGAGGCAGCUGAACUACAUCACUGUGCCGCACGGGGCUGGGGAUGCAGGAGGGCUGUGUGUGUUGGAGAGUCCUUGUUGCACAUUUAUGCAGCAACGACUGCUCUUCCUGCCUUGCACCUUUGCAGAGCUCCAGUGCAAAAUUCAUUUCAGACUGGGGUCUGGGAACGUGAGACACACUUGUAAGGGAAGUUUAUCCCUUCCUCUUCCAAGGGAAGAGAAGGAAGUUCUGCUUUAAAAUGAGGAUACCUGAUUUUUUUCUAACAGAUUCAGUAAUAGAUCGGUUUAAAAUCUUAGCCUUCAGAAGGAAGGUACUAAUUAGCAACGCUUCCAACUCCAAUUCUUCUGUAAUAGCAAUUUAUAAUAUUAAAAGAAGAACUCUAAAAGAAAGGGUGUGGAUAAUAGCUGCUUCAGAAAUUGAUGUUGCUUGACUAGAGGGACUAAGUUACGUUGAUGCAGCACAUUAAAACUUCCAUUUAGCCUUUCUGCAGCUGAGAUAGAUGGUCUCACUGUAAUCCACCAGAGAUGCUCAGACUGAGUUGGUUGUGGAACCAGGCCUUCAUUACAAAUGUUCAGUGUUUAUUCAUGGCCGAUUAUUAUUUUUAUACAUGCAUGCAGAACAGCCUGCACUAACAGAAUGAAGGGUCAGCGCAUACUGCAUUUGUUUCUGUUUGUGCAGUUUUUAUUUUUCUCUAGUAAGAAAACAACACCAAAAAAGCCUUUGUCAUAUAUGAGAGGGACUAAUAAACAUCAGUAUUCCUCGUUGCAGGACAUGCUGAAAGAAAUGCUACACACAUAUUUUGUAAAGAAUACAAAAUACGCAUUUAAGUUGGCAAUAUUAACAUUUUAUUUAGUCAUUAAUUUAAUAGUAAUUGGGAAUUUAAAAGAAUUGGGACUCAGAGAACCACAGAAGAAGAAUUCUGGUGGACCUGGAAAAGCAAAUGCUUCAGAAUAUUCAUAUAUAUUCCUAUAUAAUACAUUAGUGAAUGAAAUUAAAGCAGGAAAAGCAUUAUUUUGGUCUAAUAAAGAGAGUGAUUCUGCUUAUAUAUCCAAGAUACUUUCACAGUUAUUUGUUAUCAUGUCAUUUAGAUAGCAAAAAAAAGCACAUAAAUCAUUUAUAAGUCCUACUUACCUACUUAAACUAAUUUCAAGUACAUCCCUCCAAGACACUGUAGAGAAAAGUAGAUAACGCACACUAAACGAACACUAUUAACAUUGCAAAAUGAAACACUGAAAAGUUAGCAAAUGUCUGAAUUAAUACUCCACAUGUAGCCCCAACUUAAGUAUUGUCUGUGUGCAUCAUCAGUCUUUAAUUAUAUGGUGACACAAUUUUGUUCUCUCUAAUGUUCUCUCAGUUUAAGGAUCAUCUACUGAAAAUUUUCCUGUUAUUUCCCAGUUACGCUCUUAACAAAGUUCGGUUUUAUACAUAUUCAGUUUUAUAUAUACUCAAGUUUGCAAACUCUGUGCCCUUAAAAAAUCUUAAAUAUAUCUCAGUCUUAUUUAACAUAAAAUUAUGCGCUUCAUCUAAUUUAUUAGAGAGUACCCGUUCUCUUUCAGAAUGGCAAAACUCUCCUGUUAAAUCAUGACUGCAAUAAAGUGAGAUGUAUUAAGUGAUUAAACUGUCUGCUUUUUAAAA